AUGACCAACUGUUUCUCCUUCGCGCUCAACUAUGGCCUCGUGGAAUCCCUUCCUGAGAGCGUCUACACCAACUUUUUGUCUGAUGUCGCAAAAUCGCGUUUGCCAUCACCUAUCCGAAGCCUCUUCCCUCUCGAAGCCACUCCGGGAAUGAUAUCGCUCUUGGCUGGGAAACCAAACCCAGCCUCGUUUCCGUUUACUUCGUUCAGCUUUACCGCCCGUGCACCACCAGGGGACCCCUCGGGAGUCCCACGAACUGAAGAAGACAUUGCUGUAUCCCUUUCUAAUGCGGAUCUUGCCGCAGCAUUGCAAUAUGGACCCACCAACGGCUUUCCCGCACUCGUAGACUGGUUUUAUCAACUCCAGUCUGUUGUGCACGGGCGAGAGCGCGGAGAGGGAUGGUCGUUGAGUAUUGGAAAUGGCUCGCAAGAUCUGGUGUCCAAGGCCAUCGUGGCGUUGCUUAACCCAGGGGACCCGGUCCUCGUUCAAUCGCCUGUCUAUGCUGGUGUCAUUCCUUUAUUCCACAGUCUCCAAUGCAAACAAAUCGAGGUGGAAGCGGAUGCCGAUGGCAUCUCUAGCGAUGCUCUACGUUCUAUUCUCGAGCAGUGGCCCACCUCGAGCCCCAAACCGAAGAUCUUGUACACGAUUCCGUAUGGGGGUAAUCCGACCGGGGCUACUGCUUCCAUCCAACGUCGUCAGGAGGUUUUGGCACUCGCCCGCGACCAUAACCUGCUCAUUAUCGAAGAUGACCCAUAUUAUUACCUCUACUUUGGCCCCUCUGCUUCCCGUCCACCCUCUUACUUCGCAAUGGAGCGCUCUGACCCUUCGUGUGAUGGCCAAGCUGUUGGCCGUGUCCUCAGAUUGGACUCGCUUUCCAAAGUACUGUCUGCGGGACUUCGAAUUGGCGUGGUCUCGGGUCCCUCCCCGAUCAUUCGAGCCAUCGAUGCCCACACCGCAACAGCUAAUCUCCAACCAGCCGGUCUCACCCAGGCCGUCGCUGCUGCUCUCAUGAACUCCCCAACUUGGGGCCAUUCGGGGUUUUUACGACACGUCGACAGUGUUGCCUCGCUUUACAAAGCGAAGCGUGAUGUAUUCGAAGAAGCGCUGCAACGGCAUCUUGGGAAGGACGGACUGGCUGAAUGGAGCACCCCUCAGGCCGGACUCUUUUUCUGGUUCAGGCUGAUCGCAGCCGAUGGAGAUGGCGAUUCAGCAGCGCUUGUGAGAACAAAGGCGUUUGAACGAGGAGUAUUAGCACUGCCUGGGACCGUUUUCUUACCGGAUGGGCGGAAGACCGGCUAUGUGAGGGCGGCAUUUAGCUUGCUUGGGCCAGAGGAAGUUGAUGAAGCAAUGAAGCGGCUGGCUCAGGCUGUGCGGGACGCUGCCGCUCAAUAG